CGCUUCCGCAAAGAUGGCGGCCGCUGCGGCAAGAGGCGCCUGGCUGGCGGCCUGGGGCGGAAGACUGCGGCGUGGGAUCGCUGCCGGCCGGCGAGCUUGGCCCGGCCCUGGCCCCUGGACCGUGGCAGUGGCCGGUGUGGCCCUGGCAGGCACAGGAGUGGCAUGGUACCAUGGCCGCAUGAAUGUCGUGGCACCCGAGGGCAGCCUCACCGUCUUAGCACAGGAAAAUGUUGACUCUGGAGAGAUGGGAGAAAAAUUGUCCCUUCGUAAACAGCGCUUCAUGCAAUUUUCUUCACUGGAACAUGAAGGAGAAUAUUAUAUGACACCACGAGACUUCCUCUUUUCAGUAAUGUUUGACCAAAUGGAACGUAAAACUUCAGUGAAGAAGCUGACAAAAAAGGAUAUCAAGGAUAUACUGGCAGGAAUCCAAACAGCUCGUUGUGGAUCAACCUUUUUUAGAGACCUUGGCGAUAAAGGACUAAUUUCGUAUACUGAGUAUCUUUUCUUGCUUACAAUCCUCACUAAACCUCAUACUGGGUUUCAUGUUGCUUUUAAAAUGCUGGAUGCAGAUGGUAAUGAGAUGGUUGAGAAGAAGGAAUUUUUUAAGCUACAGAAGAUCAUAAGUAAACAAGAUGACUUGAAGACAACAAUAGCUAAUGAAACAGAAUGCCAGGAAUCAACAGUGAAAGAACCUGAAAUUACCACAACCCUUCAGAUACAUUUCUUUGGAAAAAGAGGAGAACGAAAACUUCAUUUUCAGGAAUUUCGAAGAUUUAUGGAGAAUUUACAAACAGAGGUCCAAGAAAUGGAAUUCCUUCAGUUUUCUAAAGGUUUGAGUUUCAUGAGAAAAGAAGACUUUGCAGAGUGGCUACUUUUCUUCACUAACACUGAAAAUAAAGACAUCUAUUGGAAAAAUGUAAGAGAGAAGUUGUCAGCAGGAGAGAGCAUUAGUUUGGAUGAGUUCAAGUCAUUUUGUCAUUUUACGACCCACUUGGAAGACUUUGCUAUUGCUAUGCAAAUGUUCAGUUUAGCUCAUCGUCCUGUCAGACUGGCGGAGUUUAAGAGGGCUGUGAAAGUAGCAACAGGACAGGAGCUCUCAAACAAUAUUUUGGACACCGUCUUCAAGAUCUUUGAUGUGGAUGGUGAUGAAUGUCUUAGUCAUGGAGAGUUUCUCGGGGUUUUAAAAAACAGGAUGCAUCGAGGUUUAUGGGUACCACAACAACAAAGUGUACAGGAAUACUGGAAAUGUGUGAAAAGAGAAAGCAUUAAAGGAGUAAAAGAAGUCUGGAAACAAGCUGGAAGAAAUCUCUUUUAGAAAAAGAUAAUCUGGGCGCCUGGGUGGCUCAGUUGGUUAAGCAACUGCCUUCAGCUCAGGUCAUGAUCCU